CGGCAGAAGUAAACAAAGUUGAGACGCCGACCACUGUGAUUCCUUUGCUGUCUUUUUCUAUGAGGGCUUUCUACACAUGAACAAAGGAAGCAACAACCAUUACACUCUCCUUCUCCAAGAUGAAGCAGAGACUGAUGGAGUAGGCUUGGAGGAAGAGGAGGAAGAAGUAGAAGCUGGGCUGAAUGUGAUGGAGGAAGAAGAGGAAGAGGAGGAUGAAGAGGAAGAAGAAGAUGAUGAGCCUAUGGAAGAGAGUGAUGAAGAGGAAAUAUUCAGCAGCAGCAAACACCGCACACUUUUACACCAUGAGGGGGCAAAUUUAAAUGGACAAAAUCAUAUUGGGGGGCACGGAAAUGAAUACCGAUUAUUGAACAACAAUGAUGCAGAUCUUAAGACAGUUUUGGACACGCCAAUUACUAUAUGGACACCUACACCAAUGUCUCCAGCUCGUAGAGCAUGUUUUAUUGCUUCCAUCAUGUUUGGAAUUUUAGUUGUGGCAACCUUUCUCUGGGUGUUACCGUGUGAUGUACAGCCGUGUGAAGGAGAACUCGGCUUGACAGAUAGAGAUUGGGCUGUAAAGAUUGAAGGAAUGGGCAUCAAUCAAACCAUACUGGUGAGAAGACUUGCUGGAGGUGACAAUGUUCUGCUCAGUUAUUAUACAUCUAUCAAUAUAUCUAGUUGGGAGCAGGAUAAUUCCUCUCUCUCGGCAAAUGAAUCAUGGCAGUCUGAUCAUACACAGACAGAUUGUAGUAAUUGUGGUGUAGGAGAAAGUGAUGAUGGUGGUGUUAAUGAUGGCCAUUGUGGUCUUUUGAUGCUGGACGGCAACUUGGGGCGAGAAAACUGGCGUAUUCCUCUAAGAGAAUGUCCUGUAGAUAUACAGUGUGAAUUGCUUGAUAUUAGUGGAGACAGAAUACCGGAUUGCAUUGUGCGGGGAACUCAUUCUAUGGUCUUCAUGAUUGAAGCACGAUAUGGCACCCCAGUGUGGCACCUGCAUGUACAUAAGGAUUUUGAAGAUUCCUCAUCAUCAUCGCCUCAACCAACACCUCAGACUUCACAUCCUCCACUAAGGCUGUACCAUCCUGGCCCUGCGCUGCUGCUUCCAGAUUUAAAUAAUGACAGCUUUGGAGAGCUCCUUUUCUCAGGCUUGUUGUCCUCUGAGAAAACUCAUUCUUGGAAUCGGGAAUAUGCAGAUUUUGAUAAUUGGAAUGGUGAAUCGGAUUUGCCAGAAUCUGUGACAUCAGAUGCCUACACAAAUCACUUAGUUCUUGUUUGUGGACAAUCAGGAAGUGUUAUGGGUUCUCCAUUAGUUCUCGAACAGUGCCAAAAGAUACUGUCUGUUACAUCAGAUGGUGAAACAAUUUCAUAUUCUUGCUUAGGCAGCAAAGGUGAUACAACACCUGGAAAGAUCCAUCUGACAGUUCUGCUGCACCGGAUAUUAGGUGCUGCUGCUCCAACACAAGAAUCACAAUCUUCCCAGGAGAAUUUAAAUCUUCAAAAUCAACACCACCAAGUUCAUAACACGCAGAGAGAUCCCUGUCAAAUGGUUGUACAUAAUAAUGGUGUGUGUCCCCUGUGUCAAUCAAAAAUCCAACUCACAAAUUCAGAUGGUCAUGUAUUAUGGCAUAAAGAUUAUGAACACAGUGCAGUUGUGUCGUGGGCAGCCCUCUUAUCAAAUGGGGAGUGUCAUGGUGCAAUACUGAAGGUUUGGGAGUGGAAGCAUGUGACAAAUAUUAUUAAAACUGUCAAACCAUCACCCUCAAUUAUUCGAAGAACAACCAGAAGUAGUUUCAUCAGUGAUGGGACAGAGAGUGUAGAAACUGAACCUACAUAUCCUGAAAAAGAUAUGGAAGACAAAACUGAAUUGGAUAUUGCAUUUAAUUCAAGUCUUACCUCUGAAUCCAAUCAAAUAUCUGAUAAACCUUAUGAUAAUUUUUUAAAUAAAUAUUCUAAAGAUGGUCAUGCAAGCUUGAACAAAGAGAUCAUAAAUCCCGUGAGAGAGGAUUAUUCUGACGUACAACCACCAACAACUUUAGAAAGCCCAAGAGCCAGGAGAAACUAUCUUCAGGAGGCACAGAAGCCGCUAUACGAGCACCCAACGAUACAUCAUCGUCAUGGAAAACAAGCAUCUGGCAGUCAUGAAGACCAUAGCAAGCUGCCAGAAAAUUUAGCUUCAGUACAGGAAACUUUUUCACCAGACCCAAAGAUAGAUUCUGAUACUCACGACUUUCACGAAAUCUACCAUCAUCCUAAACAGACGGUGACUUCUACAACCAUACCAAGCCCCAUCCCAACAGGCAUGAGGACAAUGCCUCCCAGUGUUCUGGCACCACAUGGUUAUCAGUUGCAGCAAAUACAUGAACGAUUAGCUCUGCUUAAAAGUAAUGGUACUGUUUGGCAUGAAGAAACAAUAGCAAAUUUGGGUUUAGGAAUUACUCAACUAUGUAAGAAUGAAAAUACCUGCAUACCUGAUGUUGAAUCUCAUGAAAGGUCAGUUGCAGUGACUCACGGUGUAGAGGAAAGGGCAUGGCAGCUGACUUCAAGUAGCACAACCUAUGUUAGUACACCCAUCAAUGGAGAGCAACAUCACACUUCUCCAUGGACCCUCACUUCCAUUGUUAGAAAAAUUAUUGUAUAUGUGUGAAAUCUCUUAAAAAUAAUUUUAUGCCACUCAAAUGUAUAUACUGUAUACUUAAAGAUGCUUAAUUAAUUGGUAUUAUUUGUUCAUUAAUUACAGAUUUCAAUAAUAGAAUAUAAAUAUUUCUAAUAGAGUACAGUAUAUGGUUACCGAAAUUUAUAUUUUCAUUUUUUUUUUUUUUAUUAUUAUUAUUGCUUCAUGCUAACUGGAAGUGUUCAUCUUUUUUUUUGCAGCAUUUUGAAAGUUUAUAUGUUGGUACAAACUUGGAGCUAGAGUUAUAUAGCUGUCUGUCCGUAAUCCCUUGAGUAUGAUGCCAACUCCUUGCAUACUGUUAAUGAAGCCAAAGAGUAAGAUAUGUUACCCCCAUGAUUAUCAUGAUCUAACCUCUAAAUCCCUUCUGUACAAUGUCUUAACAUAAUGAAUACAUUGACCAGUUUCCUUAAGUAUGAUGACAUUGUACUCAAGGGGUUAAGUCAUCAUACUCAAGGGGCCAACUAAAUGUGCAUAUCAUUCUAUAUGGAAAUAUUUAUUACAUAGUCGAAUUGCUAAACCUGGUGUCAUGCAUUAUACAGUAAUGUAAUUAAGUAUUGGUUGUGGCUAUUUAGAUCAGUUAGUUUCAGGCUUUGGCACCAAAUGAUAGACAGAAACAGGUGCUGACUAUUUUGGCUUACAAGUAGCUAUGCUCAUUCUGUUGACGUGUUUUUAGUACAAGUCUAAAAUAUUUACAGAAAGGUCUACAAUGUGGCUCCGGGUGUAAAGUUGUAAGUAUAUUGCAGUUGUUAGAGAUACAGUGUUUCACAUUAUUGCGCUUUAUGAAGGGAGCCUUUUUUUUUUCCAAGAUUUUUUACAAUUUAAGUGAAUGAAGUUUAAGAUAGCCUGAACUUGCUAGCUUCCUUAGCAGAAAUAAGCAGAAAUCUAGUACAGUAAUUUACUCCAUAGGUGUAAAAUAAAGAUGUAUUGUUGCCAGUUAUGCAAGUCAGGUAGCUAUUGUAUACUGUAUUUGUCUAUAGGUUUGACACACAGUGAGAUUCAGUACAUUUCUAAUUUUUUUCAUACAAAUAGACAACUGGAUUUUUUGUUCAGUGGGAAUUUACUCUUGACUUUACAUGCAUAUAGAAGUCCAUGGAAAAAUAUUACAUCUAUAUGCAGUUUCCUAUGCCACAGUCAUAAUUUGAUGAUAUUGGUAAGUUACCAAGUUUUGCUAUUCAUAAUCUGCAACUAUGCAUUCAUCAACACUCCAAAUACCAAACAAUUCCAUUUCUUUAAAAUCAAGUUUGUACUCCCCCCCCCCUAAAUUAUUUAACUACUACUGUAUUGUACAGUACAGUACAGUAUACAGUAUGCAAAUACUGAAAUACUGUAGAUACAAAUCUUGAACAUUGUAAAUUUCCCAAGAGUAGGAAUCUCGGGUACUUUUCUUUUUACAUAAUUUUAAUAUUUGAAGCUUGAAGUUUCUUUUAAAAUAUUUAAAGUGCAGAAAAACUAUUUAUCCAAAGCGCAUCAUCACCUUCAUCCUUUUUUUUUUCCAUCAUAUCAUGUACGCUUGUUUUCCCUCCUACCCCUCCAUCCAGGCAAGCCCAUCCAGCAUUACCAUAGAGUUGAACUGUCCUGUGAUCCUGGUGUACUGUACACUAUAUCUCCAGUUGAGCGUUUUACCAAUUUUAUUUCCAAAAUUUAAUUUGAUUUUUUGCCAAUUUUACAUUAGCUGUAUCAAGAGGUCAAUAUUUUAGAUUUAUAAAAUUAUUUUAUGAUAUAUUUAAG